GCCCGCGCCGCCCGCGCCCCGGCCCACACCCCGCCGGCGUCCCGGGUGGGCACCGCCUGCGCGCUGCCCCGCACCCCCGCCCGCCCGGAAGGAAGCGGCCCCUCCCGGAUCCGAGCUGCGGGUCCCCUCCCCUUCUCUUUCCUCCCUUGCAGCAACCAGCGCCUCUACUUAACUGUUCCCAGCCAGCCCUGGAAAGUUUCAGGGCACCAUGGCCUCCUCUGCCUCCACCAACCCCGCGCACGCCCACUUUGAGAGCUUCCUGCAGGCCCAGCAGUGCCAGGAUGUGCUGAGCAGCUUCCAAGAGCUCUGCAGGACUCUGGAGCUGGAGCCUGGACGGGGGCUGCCCCUGUACCACAAGAUCAAGGCCCAGCUCAACUACUGGAAUGCCAAGUCGCUUUGGGCCAAGCUGGACAAGCGAGCUGGUCAGCCUGUGUACCAGCAGGGCCAGUCCUGUGUCCACACCAAGUGCCUUGUGGUGGGCGCUGGGCCCUGCGGACUGCGGGCAGCUGUGGAACUGGCACUGCUCGGGGCCCGUGUAGUGGUGGUGGAGAAGCGUCGCAAGUUUUCUCGCCACAAUGUGCUACACCUCUGGCCCUUCACCAUUCAUGACCUCCGGGGACUCGGCGCCAAGAAGUUCUACGGGCGCUUCUGCACCGGCACCCUAGACCACAUCAGCAUCCGGCAGCUUCAGUUGCUUUUAUUGAAAGUGGCUUUACUGCUGGGGGUGGACUUUCACUGGGGUGUCACCUUCACCAGCCUCCAGCCCCCACCCCAAAAGGGGAGUGGCUGGCGAGCCCAGCUCCAGCCCAACCCCCCAGCCCAGCUGGCCAACUACGAAUUUGAUGUCCUCAUCUCAGCUGCAGGAGGUAAAUUCGUCCCUGAAGGUUUCACAGUGCGAGAAAUGCGUGGCAAGCUGGCCAUUGGCAUCACAGCCAACUUUGUGAACAGACGCACGGUGGAAGAGACACAGGUGCAGGAGAUCAGUGGUGUGGCCAGGAUCUACAACCAGAACUUUUUCCAGAGCCUGUUCAAAACCACAGGCAUCGAUCUGGAGAACAUCGUGUACUACAAAGAUGACACCCACUACUUUGUGAUGACCGCCAAGAAGCAGUGCCUGUUGCAGCGCGGGGUGCUGCUUCAGGACUGGCCCGAGACUGAGCAGCUGCUGAGCAGUGACAAUGUGGUGCCCGAGGCCCUGCAGCGCUUUACGCGGGAUGCCGCCGACUUUGCCACCCAGGGCAAGCUGGGGAACCUGGAGUUCGCACUGGAUGCCCAUGGGCGGCCCGAUGUCUCGGCCUUUGACUUCACCAGCAUGAUGCGGGCCGAGAGCUCAGCUCGGGUGCAGGAGAGACACGGCGCACGUCUGCUGCUGGGGCUCGUGGGGGACUGCCUGGUGGAGCCCUUCUGGCCCCUGGGCACUGGGGUGGCCCGAGGCUUUUUGGCAGCCUUGGAUGCCGCCUGGAUGGUGAAGCGCUGGGCUGAGGGUGCUGAGCCCUUAAAAGUGUUGGCAGAGCGUGAGAGCCUGUAUCAGCUCCUGUCACAGACAUCCCCGGAAAACAUGCACCGCAACACAGCCCAGUAUGGGCUAGACCCAGCCACUCGCUACCCCAAUCUGAACCUCCAGGCGGUGACCGUGAAUCAGGUACGGGACUUGUACGAUGUGGUGGACAAGGAACCCGUGCGGCGACACAGCGACAGGACAGACUCGGUCGCGCUGACUGGGACGGCGGAUACCCAGAAGGAGCUGCUGCGCUGGUGCCAGGAGCAGACGGCUGGCUUCCCGGGCGUCCACGUCACAGACCUGUCUUCCUCCUGGGCUAAUGGACGGGCUCUGUGCGCCCUGGUACACCGUGUGCAGCCCGACCUGCUGAAGCCCUCCGACCUGCAAGGGAUGGGGGCACUGGAAGCUGCCUCGUGGGCGCUGAGGAUGGCGGAGCAUGAGCUAGGCAUCGCACCUGUGUUGUCUGCACGGGCCGUGGUGACAGGGAGCGACCCACUGGGCCUUAUCGCCUACCUCAGCUCCUUCCACAGUGCCUACAAGAGUCUCCCCCACAUGCCAGGCCCCUCCAGGCAGCCCGCCCAGGGCACUUCCAGGGCUGUGCUCUUCCUGGGCAAACUGCAGAGGACACUGCAGCGGACCCGUGCCCAGGAAAAUGGAGAGGAAGCUGGUGGCAAGAAGCCUCGCCUACAGGUCGAGAGCCCGAGUGUGGAAGAGCCUCCUGUCACAGAUUCCAGCGUACCGCUGACACCCCCAGCCCAGCCCCAAGAGGCCGAGGCCGGAGAUGUGUGCGCCCUCUGUGGGGAGCAGCUCUACAUCCUGGAACGCCUCUGUGCUGACGGCCGUUUCUUCCACCGAAGCUGCUUCCGCUGCCACGUCUGCGAGGCCAUGUUGUUGCCAGGUGGCUACCAGCAGCACCUGGAAGACGGACAUUUCUACUGCCUCCAGCACCUGCCCUCGCCCAGCCUCCAGGAGGAAGGCAGCCAUCCAGGCCAUGAGAGCCAGGAACUCCCCAUGCCAGGUGACAACAGCCUGCCACCAAGUCCCUCCACUCUCGGGCCUAGCCCUGUCCCAGACCCCAGCCAGCCCACUCGCCGGCCACUUCGCCUGUCCAUCCCAGAGCGCCAGCAGCUCUCCACCCUGCACUUUACCUUUGACCCAGAAGUGGAGGCCCCCUCCAAGCCUCCUCGCAGCUGCAGUGUCCUGGCCCAACAGGCCCUGGAGGGCAGCUUCAAGGGCUGGGGACGGCCAGCCCAGGAGACUCAAGUUGACGCCAUGGUGACAGAACAAGAAGAUAAUGCCUCCUCCAGUGAUGAGGAAGAGGAAGACGCAGCUUGGAACUUAGACAUGGAGACUCUGCUGACCAUGACCAAGAAUUCAGACAGCAGCAAGUACCCAACAUGGCAUCGAACCCUGUUGCGCCGUGCCAAGCAGGAAGAGAUGAAGCGGUUCUGCAAGGCCCAGGCCAUCCAAAGGAGACAGGAUGAGAUAGACGCUUCCAUCAAGGAGCUGGAAGCUCAGGGCAUGGAGGUGGAGCUGGCCUUGCGUCGUGAGAGCAGUUCCCCUGAAAAGCAAAAGACAUUAUGGACAGAGCUGCUGUUACAGCUUGUUCAGAGGAAGAACAGCCUGCUGAACGAAGAGGCCGAGCUCAUGCUCACAAUGACUGAGCUGAAACUGGAGGAGAAACAAUGGUACCUGGACCAGGAGCUCCUUGGCUAUUUGAACCAGGAAGAGUCCCUGAAGACUGAUGCUGAUCGGCAAAAAGAGGCACAGGUCCUCGAGGAAAAGAUCAGAGUAGUGAAUGAGAGAGACAGCCUCAUCCGCUUCCUGGAGGAACGCAGGCUCAGCGAACUGGGCCACAGCUAGCAGAGGACAGGAG